AUUCUUGAAGAACAUUUUUAUAAAGUAGAUAAGUAUGUAUCAAAAACUACGAUCGAUGAUCUUUCCACUCGAACUCAAUUAACGCCAGCUCAAAUUCGUAUUUGGUUUAAUAAUAAACGUACAAGAGAACGUCAAUAAUUAAUUUUCUUUGUAUUAACUUUUUUUCUUUUAAUUAUAAUAAAAUAAAAUAACUUACUCUUCAUUCCAUUCUCUUGAUGUUCGAUGAAAAAUAAUCAAUUGAUUAAGACUUUUAACACAACCAGCAAGAGUAUGAAGUUAAGGUUCAUGUUGAGCAUCUUCAUAUGAUGAUAUAAUAUUUAAUGGUUUACUUGCAAUGGCUUGAUAAGUUAACAAAUUACACAAAGACAACAUAUUAAAGAAAAAAACUUUGCACGAACAAUUCAUCAAAUUAAUCAACAAGAAAAAAUGAAAACUAUUUCAAAAUAAAUUUAUCAAUAGAUUUUACUCUUCCGGGACAGAUAGUACACAGUAUAGACCCUGGAGUUGUUCAAGUGUAGGGGAGGAUGAAUCUAUGUUUUAUCGAUCCCCACGGACACCCGAAGCUCAAGAGUGAAUCUAAUUCAUAUGAAUUUUGAAUCUUAUUGAGUUUUAAUGAAAUAAAAUAUAACGAAUUGGUUCUAGAAAUAAUUCCGUUCUGAAAGAAUUAAGAUAUUUUUAUUGAUAUAAUUUUAUUUCUAGUCAAAUAAAAAAUAUAGUCUUGGAAAUCAUCACGUGAAGUAACAGAUCAACAAGAUGAUAUUAUCAAUGGUUAUGUUUAUUCAAUAACGAAUGAAAAAUGUGAAAAAGGUUCAAUUCAAAUUGAAUAUAAUUCUGUAGUCGAUAAAUAUUUACAUAAUGGAAUUGAAGAAACAAAAAAAGAUGGUUGGAUUGAUCGAAUUUAUGUAUGUUCAAAUAUUCAAAGAAAAAUUGAAAAAGAUUGGAAAAUGGUUUAUUUAUGUAGAGAACACUUACAUACAAAUGGAAUUCUUUCAUGGACUAUACAAUUAAAACCUGAAGAAGAAAAAUUUUACCAGUUUCAUCAUAUAACUAUUCAAUGUCCAACAAAAGCUUUUGAUCCAUAG